AUGCCCGCCCAGUUCGUCUUUUUUCUGCCUUCUUCUCCCUUGGUCUCCUCCAGACUCCAGUCUCCCAGUCCUGGUCCGAUGGGCGGAAAGGAAACCCCACCUCCUCCCACUCCUCCUCCCGGCCACCCACAGGGGUCCAGUUGCAUUCGGCACCCAGGAACCCACAGCGCGGAUGGACCUUCAGAGAUGAGGGAACCUGGCACGACUGGUUACCUCUCCGGAGAACAUGCCCACCAACAUUUACUGGUGCUGGACUUUUCCGUAGACCAGGCAAGGCGGCCAACACGCAGGAAACCUCCCAUUCGGGAGAUCAAAUGCGCUUCCGCUGGCGAUGCCAAGCAGUUGGGCCCUCGAGUGGCUUGA